AUGGCUGGUGAGAACAUUGUGAAAGGAGAAAGAGAAUCUAUCAAAAACCUGAUUGAAAUAUUUGAUGGUUUAUUAGAGUAUCUUACAGAAGAAGUCAGUGAAUCUUCUUCUCAGAAUGGAGAUGAGGCGAAUGUGCUCUCCAAUAAUGAAAUUCAGAUUGCAUCUCAAGAGCAGCUGGAAAGCAAUGCUGGUCAAUUUAAGCAACCUUCAAUAUUCUCAUCAGGUGAAGGGUCCCAGUCAGAAUUUUUUGUUCCGUCUUGUGAUGUAGAUGGAUCAGAAUCUACUAGUGAAUUAAUUAGACUUGGAGAUACUGCUCAUUCAUUUUCCAGGAGAGAGGAAGAAUUCCAGUUGCCUAAAUUGUUACCAGCAGAAAAGGACAAAGGGGUGGAAGAAUCCGAAAACUCAAAGGCAUUUGCAACAUUACCUAGACAGUUCUCUGAAACUGAAAGGGCCAUUGUAAAGGAAAAGGAAGAUGGCUCAGUGGAGUCUGUUCAUACUACUAAGCCUCAAAAAGACAGUUUGAGUGCCAGUGCUACAAAACUUGGGGAGCCUAUACAGCAAGCUAUUCCUUUGCUGCCACCAUUUCAGCCUUCAGAAGCCAGACCUCGCUAUCCUGGAUGGAGAGAUUAUCAGAGUUCAGCCAGCCAGUCAGCAGCCUUGGCUAACAGUGAAGGAGUAAAAAUUCCUACUCUUGAAAAGUCACUUACACAAAAAUCUGAAGAUGUUUCUGAUAGUCUUCCUCCAUCAAGGAAACUCACUGUAGGCACAGUGCAAUCUCUACCAUCAACUAACAGUUAUCUGUCAUCUGCUGCUGCUGGGGGAGACAAGGUGCUCUCAAAUGAUGCUGAGGACAGCGUGACAAAGGUUCCUCCGGUAUAUGGGACUUCUGCAUCUGCUUCCUCAUUACAUCAAGAACUCUCCCUGUGUGCUGAACGAGUAGCACGAACUCCAAGACCUGACUCUAGAUAUCUGCCUAGAAACAAAAGCAGAUAUGAAAAUUCUACCACAGAUUCACCUGAAGAGUCUAUUUCCCUCAGAACAACAAAGGAAAAGCUAUCCAAGCAAGAGCUUCAUGAAGUGUCAGAAAAACUCUCUUGCAGGUUAAAUGAACUCGAUUUAAUGCUAAAGAGAGCUUUGGGUGGGCCCUCCAGAGAAGAAGAGCUGACAGAUGAAGACAACCUGUCUCAGCACAGUGACAGUGUCAUGGAUUAUCGACAAAGGAAACCUGAGCGAGACAUACUACAUCUGAGGUACCAAAGCAGGCCACGAUCCCUUUCUCCAUCCUCACCCUCAUCUCAGCAUCAACUCUUUUCUGAGUUGGAAGAUAAACUCUGCAGUAAUGGAACACGACACACAGGGAAAAUACACAGCCAGUUGCAAAAAGAGAGGGAUGAAAGAACAAAGAAACCAAAGGCAGUUGCUAAAGCUUAUGAAGAUGAACUAAGAACUUAUGAAACUAGGGAGAGGCUGAGGCUUUCAAAGCUUGGAGAAAUCACCAAGGAUAGGGAACAAGAAUACAAAGAAAACAUCUUUAAAGAACCUCCAAAAAUGCCUCAGCCAGUGAAAGUUUAUUCUAGAAAAACCACACCUCGGAAUCCCAGAUACAGCCAGUGGAUUCCAAAACGAGGGACUGUGAAGCCAAAGAAAGCAGCUCCAAUGAAAGUAAGAGAUGAUGACCUCCUAUUUCAGCUACUGGAAGAGUUUCCCCACCUGCAUAUUUCCCACCAUACUAUGAAUAAAAUGUGGCGGCAGCAGCUUGCACAUACUGAACAACUUAAGGCAGCUUCUGGCAGAACUAAACCAAAACUCCAAAAUGAAGUUCAACAAGCCCUGAAAAAGUAUGAGCUGCUUGUUGCAAUUAUUAAAAAAGAUCAAGACCACGGCAAGAGACUACAAGAAUUUAAGCAACGUAUCUGCCGACAGAAAUGGGCUCAGAAUAAAGUGAGAGAGAAACGCCAGCAAGUUGCUCGAGCCAGGAAAUAUUAUGAAGAUUACCGGGUUCAGUUGCGUGCCAAGAUGAUGCGGGCUAGGACACGGGAAGAAAGGAUAUUUAAAAACUUAUUUGAAGAAGGCUUAGAAAUUCAGAAGCAAAGACUGAAGGAUCUGAGAGCUUACGCUCAAGAGAAGCGUGCUGAGCAAAGGAGAGAGCAUCAAAAUGAGCUGGAGUCUAUGGAGAACUUUUACAAAGAUCAGAUGCUACAGAAAACAAAAAGAGAAUUAAGAUCAAGGAUGGAAAAGGAAAUACAGCAACUGCAAGCAGCAAUAAUGCAAAAUGAUGAUGACACCUUUUUUCAAGAACUAGAAGCAGACAGACUGAAGUCUAGACUUCAGAUGGCUUCCUUUCAGUACAGUAAAAGCCAUUUCUUGUAG